GCCUGAUCCAGUAAUCCGCCCGUCUCCACUCAUACAACCGCUGCUCUGCCGCUGCGCCGGAUCAGCCGAAGAUCAUGGAAGGAGCCAUCCCCAAGCCAUCAGAGAAGAGGGUCGCCCUUGUCACCGGCGGGAACCGGGGCAUGGGGUUCGAGAUAUGCCGGCAGCUGGCGUCCAGCGGGCUCGCCGUCGUCCUGACGGCGCGGGACGAGAGGAGGGGCGCCGAGGCGGCCGGCAGGCUCCGCGGGCUCGGCCUGCCGGACGUCGUGUUCCACCAGCUGGACAUCGCGGAGCCCGCCAGCGCCGCUCGUCUGGUUGACUUCGUCAGGAACAAGUUCGGCAAGCUCGACGUACUGGUCAACAACGCAGGAAUCAUGGGGGUGACGAUGGAGGUCGGCGACGAGGCAGCCGUCAAGGAAAUAAUGCGUUCAGGUAAGGAUCAGAACGAGAUCGCGGAAUGGCUGAAGCAGCGAACCACGCAGAACACCCAGCAAGGAGAGGAGUGCCUGAAAAUCAACUACCACGGCACCAAAAACGUCACCGAAGCGCUGCUCCCACUCGUCCAAUCCUCCUCCGAUGGAAGGAUCGUCAACGUCACUUCAGCGUUUGGGCUACUCAGGUUUUUCAGCGGCGAGGAGCUCCGGCAGGAGCUGAGCAGCAUCGGCACUCUGACGAAGCAGCGGCUGGACGAGCUGUCGGCGCUGUUCGUGGAGGACCUGAGGCGCGGCGAGCUGGGGCGCCGCGGGUGGCCGGCCGACCGGGUGUACGCGGCGUACCAGGCGUCCAAGGCGCUCGUCUGCGCCUACACGAGGGUCCUCGCGAGGGAGAACGCCGGGCUGCGGGUCAACUGCGUGCACCCGGGCUACGUCGAGACCGAGAUGAACUGCAACACGGGGAACCUGACGGCCGCGGAAGGUGCCAGCGUCUCAGUCGCGGUCGCGCUCGACGAACAGGGCGGCGUGACCGGCGCCUACUUCGACCGCAUGGAGAUAGCAUCUUUUGUCUAGUCCUGGAGUACAACUCGCAAAGAGAAAACAACGUACUCCUACAGAUAUAAAAUCCUUUGACCCUUGUAGUUGUAUCGUGACAAGAAAUACAAGUUAAAAUAUCACCAGCCAACAGAAUGAAAAAAAAUCUUACUACUACUAAAAUGUAGGCUCCCUUCAAAAUCUCCAUAUGAAGCCAUUUAGGAUUCUAGGUGGAUAUUCUAAAAGAUAAAAGAAAUUAUAGAAAUUCUCUAAAAAAAGCAA